AUGGUAACAAACAAAACACUUGCCAAAGUAGCAGUGGCAGGAGGAUUUUUGGCCCUGGGUUCUGCUAGCUACUUCCGCUGGAAAAUUGAAACGUCCAUCAAGCAAUCGGCUUACUUUAAAUUGGCCAUCGAAAGGCUUCUCGCCAGCAAAACUGCAGUUGACGUCUUGGGCGAACCUGUCCUAAUCGGUAGCAUAGAUCUAGGUGAUACGAAAAGAAAUUUCUGUGACGGCCUUGAGGCGCGAUUUCAAGUCUCAGUCAGAGGGCCCAAAAGUACAGGAAUCAUGGCGUUUGAGGCCUCGAGAAAUCCAUCCAGUCAGCCAGAAUGGAGAAUAAACUUGGUCGAGCUCAUGGACAAGGAGGCCACGAGGAAACUCGUCAUUGAGAGCCCCACCUUAGUGGUCGAUUGA